AUGUAUCCCUAAUACGCCCCCAGAACCCUCCUCUCGCCUGCUGGUGGACACAAUCGGGUCAUUGGAGAUGUAGACCCAAGACAUGGCUAGAGCCGUCGACUCAUGUGGGGGUUAAGGGUCUACCAGUACCGACAUCGCAUUGCCAUGGUAUUGCCAGGGUAUGGGUGACCGCCAUGGUACGAAGGGAAGCCAGGGAUGAAGUUGAGAUCGAAAGCAAGGCACUCCACACAAAUUGGGAAGCUUGCCACACCUCAAACUCAAGCGCCUCUCUAUCUAAAAUGGCUGAAGAAGGUGGUCGUCGCGUUGCUCUGAAUGAGAGGAUUCUUUCUUCUAUGUCAAGGAGAUCGGUUGCUGCUCAUCCUUGGCAUGACUUGGAAAUUGGGCCGGGAGCACCUGCAGUAUUCAAUUGUGUGAUUGAAAUUGGAAAAGGCAGCAAAGUAAAAUAUGAGCUUGACAAAACCAGUGGCCUUAUCAAAGUGGAUAGAGUUCUUUACUCCUCUGUUGUAUACCCACACAACUAUGGUUUUCUCCCACGAACCCUCUGCGAAGACAACGACCCCAUCGACGUUUUGGUGCUGAUGCAGGAACCUGUUCUUCCGGGUACUUACCUCCGUGCUCGUGCCAUUGGCUUGAUGCCCAUGAUAGAUCAGGGCGAGAGGGACGACAAAAUCAUUGCAGUAUGCGCUGACGACCCUGAGUUCCGCCACUAUCAGGACAUAAACGAGAUCCCUCCUCACCGUCUAGCUGAAAUUCGCCGCUUCUUUGAGGACUAUAAGAAGAAUGAGAACAAGUCAGUUGCAGUGAAAGAGUUCCUCCCUGCUGAAACAGCUAUUGAUGCUAUCAAAUACUCAAUGGAUCUUUACGCCUCAUACAUUGUCGAGAACUUGAGGCAGUGAUUGCUGAAUCAAUUGAAAGCAGCGAUAACUUAAGCUGAUGGCCUUUAAAUAAACUCAUCACACAACACUUUUCUAAUUUUUUUAUCGUAUAAUGUUGUUAUCGUGUUCUGUAUAAGUCCGUCAUGACAGGAACUUUUGCUUGAACAAUUUGUAUUCGACCCUUUUGUAAUAUUAUGUUUUAACUGAUAAAUUAACGAGAUGAAGUCCCUCAGCUAGACUGAGUUUCUCUA